CAAAUCUCUUUCCAUACUUUUCUCUCUCUCUCUCUCUAGGGUUUCCAACUUUCUCUCUCUAUACAUAUACUUACAUUUUUUCAAAAUUUGUAAAUCACUUAACAAAAGUAUGGCCGGAAACCGAUUACCUCCGGAAGAUGCCGAUGUCUCACCGGUGGUCCGACCGGCGGUGGCUGCCACCAUCGCCGCCGAUCUGAUCUCCGAUGACGAUAAUCGGUCAAUAGCUGCUGACUCGUGGUCUAUAAAAAGUGAUUACGGAAGUACACUUGAUGAUGACCAACGUCAUGCUGACGCCUCUGAAGCUCUUGCUGCUCCACAUCGUGCAGCUUCUGAUUAUAGUUCUGACAAGGAAGAGCCUGAUGCUGAAACAAUUACGUCAAUGUUGGGGUUCCAAAGUUACUGGGAUACAGCAUAUGCAGAUGAAAUGACAAAUUUUCGUGAACAUGGGCAUGCUGGUGAAGUCUGGUUUGGUGCUGAUGUCAUGGAAACGGUUGCUUCAUGGACAAAAGACCUGUGUAUUGACAUUGCUCAAAAGCAAGUUCAAAAUCAUCAUGACAACAGUUCCGAUCUUGGUAAUCACAACGAGGGAGAUUUAGCAGCUUGGAGCAUACUUGAUGUCGGAACUGGCAAUGGACUGCUUCUUCAAGAACUUGCUAAACAGGGGUUUUCUGAUCUGACUGGCACGGAUUAUAGCGAAGGAGCAAUUGAACUUGCUCGAAGUCUUGCAGAUCGUGAUGGAUUUACUACUAUCAAGCUGUUGGUUGAUGACAUUCUUGAAACAAAGUUGGAUAAAAAGUUUCAUCUUGUUACGGACAAAGGAACGUUGGAUGCCAUUGGGCUGCACCCUGAUGGUCCUGUUAAAAGGAUUAUGUAUUGGGAGUCUGUUUCAAAACUUGUAGCUCCUGGUGGCUUAGUGGUUGUUACUUCAUGCAACCACACCAGAGAUGAAUUGGUGCAAGAAGUUGAAAACUUCAAUCAAAGUAAGGCCAACAUCUCUCAGGAGACACAGACCCCUGCAGAAGCAGAUGAAUAUGCUCCUAUCUUUUCUUACUUGGAUCAUAUACGUACCUACCCAACAUUCAUGUUUGGAGGAUCUGUUGGGUCCCGUGUUGCCACCGUUGCUUUUCUCCGUAGUUAGAUGAGCUGAUACCAUAGACAGCUGAGCAUGCUGUCAGUGUUUUUGGGUGUUUGCAUGUGAGCAUGUCUGUGUGGCAUGAGUAUUGCUGUUCCUUUAACCAAAGGAAACUAAAGAACUUUAUAAAGACUGCAUCUGUUUACCAAAUACUAACCGCUGGGUGUUGAGUUAAUUUUGUUCCUUUUUUAUACCUAACAGGUUUUUUUGUUGUUUAUGACUCUUUGUGAAAAGGAACUUCACGAAAUUGCUCUUUUUAAAAAAUGGGUUAACGUAUUAUGUUGUAUCAGUUGUCAGUUUGUAAUAGUAUGCACUUUUAGUCUAA